AUGCUUACGUUUGCUUACUUUGAAGGCUCAGAGUCCAUUCUAGUCGAGAAGAGACGCCUUGAGAAGAGCGCGCUCCCAUUGGCUGCGCGGUGUGACCUGCGAGAGGAGCCUCCCCCCAACAGCACCGGGCAUAUCCCUGUUUCCUGCAGCGAGUGGGAACUGAUCAUGUUUAAGAAUCGUCUGCGGAUGUUUUUCAACGAGCUCAAAGUGCUGCUGCUGAUGCGCUCGGGCUCCAGAUCCGACUCAGGAGGGGGUGGUCUGGACGUAGAGCCCGGGAACGAGGCCUCGUCUGGGGGCAGCUGUGGCUGUGCUCCCCGGUGCUCGCGCUCACACAGCCACGAUGCCGAGGACUACUACGGGAACCGGCCCCAGAGCCUGGAGCUGCGGGAUGGGAAGGGCCUGGACACCUCUAUGGCCAGUCUGUCCGAGACCAGCAUCAAGUCCCCUCAGUGUCGGAUCUGCUUCCAGGGGCCUGACAAGGGGGAGCUGCUGAGCCCCUGCCGCUGUGCCGGCUCUGUCCGCUGCACUCACCAGAGCUGUUUGAUUCGCUGGAUCAGUGAGAGGGGAUCCUGGAGCUGUGAACUGUGCCUCUUCAAGUACCACGUGCUGGCUAUUAGCACCAAGAACCCACUGCAGUGGCAGUGGAUCUCCCUGUCUGUAAUUGAGCGAGUCCAGAUCGCGGCGGUGGUCCUGGGGUCUCUCUUCCUCUUCGCCAGCGUCUCGUGGCUCGUCUGGUCGUCUCUCAGUCCGUCAGCAAAGUGGCAGAGACAGGACCUACUCUUUCAGAUCUGCUACGCCAUGUACGGCUUCAUGGACAUCGUCUGCAUCGGACUCAUCAUCCACGAGGGUUCGGCAGUUUUCCGGAUCUUCAAACGCUGGCAGGCGGUGAACCAGCAGUGGAGGGUGUUGAACUAUGAGAAAUCCAAAGACUUGGGCGAGCCAAGCACUUUGAACUCAAAGAGCGGCGAGCGGGGCGCCUCUGGAGGGGACCGAGGAAACCCGGUCCGGAGGUAUGCCAUCAGGACUAUCUUCCACCAACACUGUGGCUUCACCGUCUUGCACGUGCUGAGCCAGAUCCGGGCCCGAGGACUGCACCGGCGCGGGCAGGAGGUGGUCAUGAGGGUCACUACCGUAUGA